GCGCACUCGCUUGCAGCUGGAGCUGCCCGGGGCGAGCGAGCGAGCCAGCGAAGUGAGCCUCCCUGCGCUCAUUUCCUUUCUAACCACAUCCGACUGUCAGGGAGCAACAGCAGGAGGGAGGAGGGCAUUUGUGCUCUGAGUGUCUCCCUCGCCCCGGAUCUCGCGUGCGCGCGCUGGGGAUCCAACAUGGAUCUGGAAAGCAAGAUCAAGAAGAUGGGCUUAGGACAUGAGGAAGGAUCUGGGGCCCCUUGCUUGAAGUGCAAAGACAAAUGUGAAGGAUUUGAGCUACAUUUCUGGAGGAAAAUAUGUCGAAACUGCAAGUGUGGGCAGGAGGAGCAUGAUGUUCCCACUAGUAACGAGGACGACCGCAAAGUGGGGAAGCUCUUUGAGGAUACAAAAUAUACAACCCUCAUUGCAAAGCUGAAAUCGGAUGGGAUCCCUAUGUACAAGCGCAAUGUUAUGAUACUGACUAAUCCAGUGGCUGCCAAGAAGAACGUGUCCAUCAAUACUGUGACUUACGAAUGGGCACCUCCCGUUCAGAAUCAAACCCUGGCAAGACAUUAUAUGCAGAUGCUUCCCAAGGAGAAGCAACCCGUGGCUGGCUCGGAAGGUGCUCAGUACAGGAAGAAGCAGUUGGCCAAGCAGCUGCCCGCACACGAUCAGGAUCCGUCCAAAUGCCACGAGCUGAGUCCUAACGAGGUGAAGCAGAUGGAGCAGUUUGUGAAGAAAUACAAGAACGAGGCUCUUGGGGUGGGAGAUGUCAAGCUGCCGAGCGAAGUGGAAGGCAAAGCUGUCGGGAAGGAUGUCCCGACUAAUGGGGAGAGAGGCACCUCAGCCACCGUAGGAGCCAUGGAAGACAAACUGGCUGGUCCAAAGGCAUCCCAAUAUUGCUGCUUCCGGUGCAAACUGAGCAUGAAGGAAGGGGACCCGGCUGUCUACGCCGAGCGGGCCGGCUACGACAAACUCUGGCACCCGGCUUGUUUUGUCUGCUGCACCUGCGGUGAGCUCCUUGUGGAUAUGAUCUACUUCUGGAAGAAUGGGAAGCUGUACUGUGGCCGACACUACUGUGACAGCGAGAAGCCCCGCUGCGCUGGCUGCGAUGAGCUUAUAUUCAGCAAUGAGUACACCCAGGCCGAAGGUCAAAGCUGGCAUCUGAAACACUUCUGCUGCUUUGACUGCGACUGUGUCUUGGCUGGGGAGAUCUACGUCAUGGUAAACGAAAAGCCUGUCUGCAAACCGUGCUACGUGAAGAAUCAUGCCGUGGUCUGCCAGGGUUGCCACAAUGCUAUCGACCCUGAAGUUCAACGUGUGAGUUACAACAAUUUCAACUGGCAUGCCACCACAGAGUGCUUUCUGUGCUCCUGUUGCAGCAAGUGUCUCAUUGGCCAGAAGUUUAUGCCGGUAGAAGGAAUGGUUUUCUGCUCGGUGGAAUGUAAGAAAAAGAUGAUGUCCUAAUGGGAAGAGAACCCGGAUCAAGCCAAGUUUCGCUUUACUUCAGAACCCUCUGCAUUUCUACUGUAUUGGGGCGUUUUUUAAACAAAAUUGAACGUAUUAAAUGGCAUAUUCCAAAGAUUUUUUUUUUAACAUUUCUAACUUGAUAGCUUCCGAUUAAGUACUUCCAGCACUUCUCUUACUACUUUGUUACUACUUGUUGCAAAUGUUACUCACAUAUAGGGAGCCUGAUAUUCCUGGUGUAUUUCAAAGACUAGAUGCUCUAAAGUCUGCUUUUAUACACAUUUUAAAACAAACUGUGUAAAAAUAAAAUAAUGACUUGGUAUGUUGUAAAUCCGUGUUUCCCAAACUGGGGUCUCCAGCUGCUUUUGAACUACAAUUCCCAUAAUCCCUGACCACUGUUCCUGCUAGCUAAGGAUGAUGGGAGUUGUAGUUCAAAAACAGCUGGAGACUCAAGUUUGGGAAACACUGUUGUAAAUGUUAUACCCUACUCCAGAUGUUGCUGGACUACAAUUCCUUUCAUCCCUGACCAUUGGCUAUGCUGUCUGGAGCGGAUGGGAGUUGGAGUCUAGCAACAAAUACAAGGCCACAUGUUUUGGGUUCUACCAUUUCAAAAAAUCUCACAAAUACCAUAAUAUAUGGGGGGAAUGCUAAGCUAGAAUCCUUUUCCUGACAUGCUUGCUUCAUAUCUGAGGUGAGAUUUUGAAUGUGUAAAGUAGCAUUCAAACAUCUGAAUUCCUCACUUUCAGCCUGAAGCGUUACAAGUCCAACCACAGAUCAUAUUUGUUAGCCUGCUGAUUCUGUACAGCAGCCCUCAAACAUAAUUAGGCAGAAAUAAAUAUUUUUAAGCCUUCCUGCUUCCACUGAGCAGCUUAAGCAAAUGCCCCCAAAACUUUGGCUCCAACCUUUAAUAUUUGCAUUAAAACACUUUCCCUUCUUUGUUAGGUUUAAACUGUUUUGUUUUUUUAAAAAACAGCUGUGGACUUUUUGGUGCUUAGAAUGUGACUUGCUCUCUAUUAAUCUGAAGUUUCUGUGCCUCUUUCUCUGUCCUCUUCCAAUCAAGCUUGUUAUCAAGUGUGUCCAUUUUGUCUCUUCAUUUUAUGUAUUGUCCAGAACUAUAGGCAAUAGGAAAGAUUUAAAUUUGCCGGUGCCUCUGCACAUGAAUGAGAUUUCUAAUACAGGGCAGCUACACCUGGAGGCCACAGGUUGUCAACCCCUGGAGCAAACAGUACGGUAUAUAGGCUAAUGGGUUUAAUUUUGUAUAAGGCAGCUUGCAAGCUAGUACAGUUAUUGCGAUGCUGAAAUUUCUUUAUAACGAAUGUAAGAAGGUACACAGCAAAGGAAUGUGGGCUCUUGGCUUUGUAAACUAUGCAAACUCUUUCCAUUCAGCUCUUCUAAGACUAAAGAAAUGUGUAAACUUAUAUUCAUGCUCUCAAAUAAAACUUUUACCAAACCGUU